AGGUUUCAAAUCAGAAUUCGUGAGUAAAUUGGAUAGCAGCAUUCCUAUGCUGAGAUUGUGACAAUGGACAGAAUACGAGGAGCCUGUGCCAGUCCUGUACCACCAGGAGAUGCAGAGAGGAGCAGGACUGAAGAACAAGACCCAGGACUAACUGUGUUGGGAAAAGUACAUGAGUUCUUUCAGAUUUGUGAUCUGGAAGGCAAAGGCUUCAUCACUCAUCAAGACAUGCAGAGACUGCAUCCUGAGUUACCUCUUAGCCUGGAAGAGCUUGAAAAAGUUUUUGUUACAUUGGAUGCUGAUGGCAAUGGCUCACUUACCCCAAAGGAGUUCACCACAGGAUUCAGCCAGUUUCUUUUGGGGCAGAUUGCUUUGAAUAAUGAGAUGGUGCAGCAAUCAGGAGGUGAAUCAGCCUGCCCGCUUAAAUGCGAAGAGACCAUGAGGGAAGAUGAGGAUGAAGAAUUCCAGUUCUCAAAUCUGAUGGAUCGGCUUGGAGCUAAAAAAGUUUUGGAUGAUGAGAGUGAUGUGAAGCAACUUUGGUUGCAGCUGAGAAAAGAUGAACCUCAUUUACUUUCCAGUUUUGAAGAGUUCCUGGUCAGAAUUUUUUCCCAGCUCCAAGAAGCAGAUAAUGAAAAGAACAAGUUGGAAUGUGCUCUAAAAAAGAAAAUUGCUGCUUAUGAUGAAGAAAUUCAACAUCUCUAUGAAGAAAUGGAACAGCAAAUCCAAAAGGAGAAGGAACAGUUUCUCUUGAAAGACACAGAGAGGUUUCAGUCCUACAGUCAAGAGCUGGAGUGCAAACUCCUGUCAAAAGAACAAGAACUGGAACAAUUGGUUCAAAAACAGAAAAGGUUAGAGCAGCAAUGUACAGAACUUCUCAGUGGCAAAGAAAGAACUAAGGUAGAGAACACCAAGCUGAAGCUGACUAACCAGGAGCUGCUGAGAGACCUGGAGAAAACGUCUCAUGAGCUAAGCCUGGCUCAACAACAGUUACAGGUGCUUCAGGAGGAGGCAUCAAGACUACAUGAGGAGAAGGAAAUGGAGGUGUACCGAGUGACAGAAACCUUACAGAGAGAGAAGUCAGGACUUCUGAAGCAGCUGGAUUUUUUAAGGGAGAGGAACAAAUAUCUCAAAGAUGAACAUGACAUAUUUUUACAGAAGUGCAAAACAAGUAUUCCAAAAGCCAGCAGGAAGCAAAGAUCAGGGUCUAUCAUUGGGAAAUACAUGGAGGGCAAGAUGCUGCCUAAAAGCCAUUCAUUUGAAGAAGACGAUGUUUUCAAUAAUAAAAGAAGGAAUUCUGCUGGACUGAAUGGAAUUCUCUCUGUAGAGCUUGAUGCUGGAGCCACUGGAGGAAUGUCUAAAGCAUUGCAUCUCCAGAGAAUAAUAUCAAUUGAGGAAGAUCACUUACCCCAGCUUCUUGACAGGCUUGUUGAUAAGCAGCUGAACAGAUGGACGGGAGAAGAUGAGAAUACUUCUUCUGAGAUGGAAAUGGAUAAGAAAAACACAGAACAGUCACUGGAACGCUCACCAUCAUCUUCUAGAGAGCAGCCUGUAGGGAAGGAAACACUGUCAAAUUUAGCCUUCAAGACAAGGCAAAUCGCAGAGGCAACAGGAUUUAUAGAACAGUUGGAGACAAAUGUUUGCUGUUACUUGAAGGAGGAGACAAUAAACUUUGUCCCAGACCGCUUAUUCAAGAUUAUUUUUGUGGGCAAUUCAAGUGUUGGAAAGACUUCAUUCUUAAGGCGAUUUUGUGAAGAUCGUUUUUUCCCAGGCACAGCUGCUACUGUAGGUGUGGAUUACAAUGUGAAAACCAUCACAGUAGAUAAUACCCAGGUAGCCUUGCAACUCUGGGAUACUGCUGGCCAGGAACGGUACCGAAGUAUUACCAAGCAGUUUUUCAGAAAAGCUGAUGGUGUCAUUGUGAUGUAUGACAUAACAGCAAGAGACACGUUCACAGCUGUCAAGCAGUGGCUGAUAAGCAUCAAGGAGACAACCGGGGAGAAUGUACCUGUGCUUUUGUUGGGUAAUAAAACUGAUAAUGAAAAGGAACGUGAGGUCCCUAUGGGAAUGGGAGAACAUCUUGCUAAGGAUUACAAUUUAAUUUUCUAUGAAUGCAGUGCAUAUUCUGGGUACAAUACCAAAAAGUCUGUGCUUCACUUAGCUAGGAUUUUAAAGGAACAUGAAGAUAAAGUGAAAGAGAAAACCAUUGAGCUUCAAUCUGUUAUGAAUAAAAAGUCUUGCUGCAUCAGGCCAUAAAAUGCCGGAGCAUACAUUUAUACAACACUACAUGGCACCAUCAGAUUUGCUUUAUCUUCCAAAUAUUUCUUCUGCUGUGUUCUGA